AUGCUGCAACGGCUGCAACAGAAACUUUUCCCUUCGCUGAUCUUGUGUAGAUUUUUUGCUUAAUCUUUCGCCAUCGUUUAACAAUUUAAUGGAAAACUGCAAGGAGAAUUAUUAAAAAUGAAACACAAACGAAACAUAUUCAAAUAAGUUUUUCCCGUCGGCAAUUUAAAUUAUGACGGUUAUGACUCAAUUUGCGCGUCUUACAAGUAGGAAAAGUUUAAAAUAGAACUGAGGAAAAAUCUUUAUAGAACUUUUCAUAAAAAUUAAGAAAAAUUCAGAGAAUUCUUUAGAAUAUUUCUGGAAAAUUUUUAAUAUUUCCCCAUGAAUUUUUCAAAGACGGUUAUUCUCAAAAAUUCCCCAAUAGGAUCUCUCAUUAAUUUUCACACAGGAAUAUCACCUUUUAAUUACCCAAGAAAUCCUAAAUGUAAUCCUUAAUGAUAAUCCGGUGGAGCUUAGAGAAAAGGACGGUCGCUCUAAUAGUUGUGAAAAUUUGACCUGGCUGGCUCCUUUGCCAUCAUUAGGACACAAAAUGGCUGACAAAGCUAGCCUAUAAAAGACGGCGCGGAGAAUCCUCAGCAAUUCAUUUCACAUUCAGCUUUCGUGAGAGUAACAUCAAAAAACUAAAAGCCAGUAAAAAUGUCUUUUGAAAACCUUGAGGAGGCCACGAAUAGAAAGGAUUUGAUGAUGGCGUUCCGGAAACUGGAGCAGGAGGGACUUGCUGAAUAUAUACAGAGUCUUGAGAUGCCGUCUCCAACAUAUACUGAUUCAAGUGGAUACGACUCAAGUACCUCACCAGUGCGUCAGGAGAUAGAAGAUGCAAUCGCGAGAGAACUGAAUGCAAGAGCCCAAGAACCAGGAUUUGUACCAGACCCAGCUCCGCACCAAUGCGCUGUAGCGGCUCUAGCCGCUCAACAACACGCUGUAGCCGCUCAACAAUACGCUGCAGCGGCGCCAGUUCACCAGCAGUAUGUGGCGCCACCAGCGCCUCAAGAAAUGGUGGUGCAAGUUAGGGGACCAGCUCAAGCAUAUGAGGCUCCUCAGAAUCGGGCUCCAGCAGCAGGGCCCAUUCGCAACAACAGAGACAGAAGGCGAAUGGUUUUCACGAGAGCGCAGACGGAGGCUCUCGAAGCGCGUUACAGGGAGAAUCCCUACAUUGCGCGUCUCGACCGUAUUCAUUUGGCCAAGAGAAUUGGAGCUCCAGAGGAUAACGUGAAAACGUGGUUUCAAAAUCGCCGCGCCAGAGAGAAGCAGGGGCGUGUCGCACCAAGGAAUGAGCCCACGGAAGAGCUUCCACAGGCGGCUGUAGAGAUGCCGCAGCAGCCACAACACCAACACCAUCAGCUUGAGCAUAACUACGCUCAAAUGCCUCCACAGCAGCAAUAUCAGGAGCCUGUGGUGUAUCAGGAGCCUGUGGUGUAUCAGGAGGAGCCUCCGAUGUAUCAGGAGCCUCCAAUUUAUCAGGAACCUCCGAUUUAUCAGGAGAAUCAGCAAUUCGACAUCCCUGCCCUUAAUCAUCCAGAACCACCCGCAAUGCUGUCGCUAUCACCGGAAUCGUUCGAAGACUUCAAUCCAGACAUCUUCUUUAUGUAAAAUUCUUGUAAAAUGGAUAGAUCUUGUAACGACUUAGCUAUGAUAAAAGUUUGUGAAUAAUUAAUGUGAAUAGAAUCUGAUAAACUGAUAAAUGGAUGUGAAUAAAUGAUUCUCAAAAUGUAAAAA